AUGGGAGCUCGGAAGACUGCUUCCAGCGCCGACGACUUCUUCCUCCAGUGCAACGGCAAGCGCUUCAACAGCUUCGAGGAGACGACCUGCAGAGUUGUCUUCGUCGCCAAGGCAACUUUCGACCUCCCGGCCGACUCUUCCCCCCCGCACACGCCCCCCGCAGGGUCCGCGGUCGGGGCUGCUGCAACGGCAGCAAAUACCGCCGCAACCACAAGCGGUGGCGGCGGCAUCUCGUCCUCAGCAGGAACGCCACCGCAGCUUCGCGCGGUUCGGCGCUUCUCGCCUAUCGGCGGUGGCGGGUCUGGGGCGGCGGCGGCCGCCGCGGCCGCAACGGCCGGAGUGGGGGGAGGGUCGUCUCCGGAGAAGGCUGCUGCUGCUGCCGCGGUUGCGCAGGCGGCCGGGUGGGAGUACGACGCGUCGACGUGCGUGAUUUGCAUGGAGCACAUGGAGUCGAGGGUGCUCACGACGGUGUGCAACCACAGCUUCCACGUCGAGUGCCUCAUGAAGUGGCAGGACAGCCCGUGCCCGGUUUGCCGCUUUCACCACAACAACGCUAGCGAGGCGUCCACAUGUCAGGAGUGCCAAGCAACAGAUAACCUUUGGGUUUGCUUAAUUUGUGGAAGCGUUCUGUGUGGAUCUCGACAUGAAGAUCACAUUCGCGGGCACUACAACAGCACGCUGCACGCGUACGCCAUCGAAAUAGAGACCCAACAAGUGUGGGACUUCGCGGGAGACGGAUUUGUCCACCGCCUGAUCCACAACAAGGCAGACGGGAAGCUCGUGGAGAUUUCGGACCCAGAGCAGACGUCGGAGGAGCGACCACAGAUGCCCGCUCGUCUGUCGGAUGUCCAAGAGGAGCGCCUGAUCCAUGGCAAGCUUGAAGGGCUGGCCUACCAGUACAAUACGCUGCUGACAAGCCAGCUGGACGAGCAGCGGCACUUCUACCAGAAGCAGCUGAACGGGCUGCUGGAGCAGCAGGAGAAGAGUCGGAGGGAGAGGAGAGAGAGGAUGGUGUCCGGGGCCGACCUCGUGUCCGCCCUCCGGCAGCAGCGGCGGGAGCUGGAGAGCAAGUGCGCGAGCGCCUCGGCCAGGCUGCGAAAGAUCCGAGAGGAGACGGCGUUUCUAUACGAGCUGAACCAAUCCCUCGAAGCGAACAAGCCGCAGGUGCUGGCAAACCUGGAGCAGGCGCAGCGGGACCUAGACUCCGCCCGCAAGGCCCGCGAGGAGUGGGUGCCCCAGCUCGAGGAGAAGGUCGCGGCCCUCAUGCUCAAGCUGGAUGUUGGCGUGGCGGCGGCGGCAGCAGCAGCAGCGGGAACGGGGGGAGCAGCAAUAGCAGCAGCAGCAGCAGCAGAAGCAGGGUCGGCCGCGGGUGCGGAGGCAGGGAGCGGUAGGUCUAGGUGUAGCAGCACCGGAGAGGGCGAUAGCGGAGGGUGCGACUGUGGUGGAGGGAGUAGCACCGACGACGCUUCUGAUGCUACUGCUGCCGCUGCUGCGAACAGUUUUGAGACGGCAGUAACGGCACCUUUUGCUGUGGGGGCAGGGGGCGGGGGCGGCGGAAACGGUUGCAAAGGAGCCGUGGCAGAAGGGGGGGUGGCGGAGUGUGGCAAGCUAGGAAACGUAGAUGACGAUCGAAGGGCAGCAGCAGAGAGGAGGAGGAGGGAUUCCUCCGCGUUGUCGGGGAACGGCGGCGGCAGCAGCGGGAAGAAAAAGGGGAGACGCAGAAAAUCGAAGUGACCGUUGGCUAGUUCCGAAGCACUUUUUGCAAGUGCGCCCGGUAGUUGCCCAUGGAAGUAGUGUUCCCAGUGUCCGACCGGUAA